AUGGAUUGGAGUGAUAAACGAUGCAUUCAACUAAUACAUUUAUAUCAAGAACACCCAAUACUAUGGGAUCCAACAAAUUUUGAGUAUAAAUUAAACAAAAAAAAAUUUGAUGUAUGGUGUGCCAUUGCAAAAGACAUGAAUGCCGAAGUUGUUGAUAUCCGCAAAAAAAUGGAAAGUUUAUUAACUUCAUUCAGGCGAGAACGGCAGAGAGAAGGAACUACAUCUGGAAUGGGCAAAGACGAGGUGUAUCACUCACAAUGGUUUGGGUUUCAGUCCAUGCAAUUUUUGAACGAUAAGUUCAAGCCUAGAAAAACAAAAAAUACAGAAACUACUUCAACUAAAGAUGUAAGUAUUACAAUAGUUUAA